AAAACGAAUGCAAAAUAUAAGUGAUACUUGUAUUUACAUAAUUUUAUAAAUAAUUAUGAAUCAUCCACAAAGGGGUGAAACAAAUACAUGUGUUUGUAACAGUAACGUGUGUAUUCUUAAUAUUUAGAAAUUCAAAAAAGUGUAUCACCUUUACAUUUUAUCGUCGUACGUUUUAUCGGUACAUAUAUCUAUCGAAAAGUAAUUGAACACAAAGUAAAUGCACUGUACAGUUUAACUUGUGCGUUUAUUAUAAAUAAGAGAAUAAUACAUAUCUAUAUACAUAUAUAUCAACACUUGAAACGAUACAGUAAAUAUUAAGUAUGGCGUUAAUCCUAUCAGCUGAUAUCGUCUGCUGGAAUGACGAAUCGUAGUUCGAUUAUUUGGUUAAACAGUACCUUUAACUGCUUUAAAAACAUCCCUUUAUUCGAUGACUCUUCGCACAAAUUGAUGAGUUCGCGAUAAAUGACAAUAAUGUAUGUUUUAAUGACGGAAUGAUUAUAUCAGAGUUUGUAAUGGUGAUAAUACUCGAGAGACAGGAACCUGAUUGCGUGCGUCAUUGACAGAUUCGGUUGUGAUGAGCGACUCCGAACAACGGCAACUGCACGUGCCUUAUAAAGAAUACCAUAGCCAGAACAACACUAACACUUCUGCGCUAGUGGAAACUGAUGCACUGGUAGAUCUAUCAAUCACAUCUAAAAAUUGUUUGCCAGUGAACAGCGAGUGCUCGGAAUUAGUACCGGACGUUGAGUUUGUUCCAAACCUGAGCACCGAACAACCUAUAGCCAUUGAUUCCCCUGGGAUUGACCGGGAGAGCCAGCCUCUCCUUGGUCGAUUGGAGCUAGAUGUUACGUUCAAUCGUUUUCCUGAUGAUCCACAAUUCUCUGAAAUGGUAUGGCAAGCCGAAUGCGCGAUAGAUAAUGGAAUCUUUCCUGAAAGAAUAUAUCAGGGAUCAAGCGGGAGUUACUUUGUAAAAAAUCCCACAGGGAGAAUAAUAGGUGUAUUUAAACCAAAAGAUGAAGAACCAUAUGGGAGGUUGAAUCCAAAGUGGACAAAAUGGAUGCACAAGCUUUGUUGUCCUUGCUGCUUUGGGAGAAGUUGUUUGAUACCAAAUCAAGGAUACCUGAGCGAGGCUGGUGCAAGCUUAGUUGAUCGCAAAUUAGGUCUCGGCAUAGUUCCAAAUACUAGAGUAGUUAAACUCGUCAGUAAAACGUUUAAUUAUCCGCGCCUAGACCGACAGAAAGCUCGCAUGAAGCAAGCGAUUAUGGACCAGUUUCCUACAGUGGGUUCCCAUUUCAAUCGUAUCGGUUUACCGCCAAAAGUUGGUUCUUUCCAAGUUUUCGUAGAUGGCUACAAAGAUGCCGAUUAUUGGUUAAGACGAUGGGAAAACGAAUCUCUGUCACCGCGUCUUAGUAGAGAAUUUCAACUUCAAUUCGAGCGCUUAGUCAUUUUGGAUUAUAUAAUUAGAAAUACGGAUAGAGGUAACGAUAAUUGGCUUAUUAAAUACGAUAAUGCCACGGGAAAAAACACAUCGGAACAGGGUGAUGUAAAGAUUGCUGCGAUAGACAAUGGUUUGGCCUUUCCUUUUAAACAUCCCGAUUCUUGGCGAGCUUAUCCAUAUCACUGGGCAUGGUUGAGUCAAGCGAAGCAACCGUUUAGCGAAAUAACACGAGAGCUUGUGUUACCACAACUCUCGGAUCAGAAUUUUGUACAAGAUCUUUGCGACGAUUUGUAUCAAUUAUUCAAACAAGAUAAAGGUUUCGAUCGUCAUCAUUUCGAUAAACAAAUGAGCGUUAUGCGUGGUCAAAUCUUAAACUUGCAACAAGCAUUAAAAGAUGCCAAAAGCCCUGUGCAAUUGGUUCAGAUGCCUGCUGUGAUCGUUGAAAAGGCCAAAGGAAACGGAGCACCAAGAUUAUUCUCAUUUUCUGAUACAUUUACACAGCGCUUCCAGAAUAAAAGUCCCUUCUUCUCUUGGUGCUGAACAAAUGUUUUCUGAAUGUUUGAAACGACGUCAAUCCUGUGUGUCGACUGAAAA